AACAGCCAGAUCAGCUGAAACAGUUUACAGAAAACAAUGGCAUCGAACAAAAUCCUCGCUGUAGCAAUCGUCCUGCUUGCCAUUGGGUUAACAGAACAAAGCAAAGCAUCCGCGAAUGGCAAACCCCCGCAGUCUUCGGCACAGAAAUAUUUCGACUCAAUACCAGAAAGCGAUCGUGAUUUGGUCAUCAGAUACCAAUUGGAAAAAGCUAUAGAGCAGCAUAUUGAGAAAUUGUACCCAGCUCCGAAGAACUUCGCCGCUAACCUGUUGAAUUACGUCGAAAAAACUUAUGGGCUUUCCGACCCGGAAGUUGAAAAGUCUCUGCGUGAUGGCACCGUGGUUUGCACUCCCGAAGGACAAUGUUUCAAUCCAGGUGAUGUCGGCCAAGUUUGCUGUCCCUGGUGAAUCCAUAGUUAACAGAAUUUAAUGAUUGCAAGGUAUUAGAUUUCCAGAUAUUAUAUUUCAGUUUGCUUUAAUCACCUAAUUUGCAAUAUUUAAACCUCAAUAAACGAAAACUGAUCUGAAA